AUGCUCGCCUCUUCUCUUCGCUUUGCUUCCCUUCGCAAUGGCCCUGCGGCGGUCCGGAGCUUCUGCUCCACGACCGCUAUGCGCGCAGCCGAGGUCAACUCACUGGGUGUUAUCGGAGCGGGCCAAAUGGGUCUUGGAAUUGCUCUCGUCGCUGCCCAGAAGGCAAAGAUCCCUGUGACACUCAUCGACAACUCACAAGCGUCUCUGGAUAAAGGCCUCAAGUUCGCCGACAAGCUCCUUGAAAAGGAUGUUGCCAAGCAGCGUCUCACUCGCGAGGCAGCCGAUGAAGCCCGUGGCCUCCUCACCACAAGCCUGAAGAUGGACGACCUCUCAUCGGUCGACUUCGUCAUUGAAGCCGUCCCUGAGAUUCCGGAUCUGAAGACAAAGAUCUUUGCCAACUUGGCCCAGAUCGCCCCCAAGCAUGCUAUUCUCGCCACCAACACCUCCUCCAUCUCCAUCACCAAGAUCGCCGCUGCCACCAGCACCGACCCCAACGACCUCCAAGCCUCUUCCCGGGUUAUCUCCACCCACUUCAUGAACCCCGUCCCCAUCCAGAAGGGUGUGGAGAUUAUCCGUGCUCUCCAGACCUCGCAGGCGACCAUGGACACUGCCGUUGCCUUUGUCGAGCGCAUGGGCAAGGUUGCCUCUGUGUCCGCCGACACACCUGGCUUCCUCGCCAACCGUAUCCUGAUGCCUUACCUCAACGAGGCUGUGAUCUGUCUCGAGACUGGCGUCGGGAGCCGUGAGGAUAUCGACAAUAUCAUGAAGACCGGCACCAAUGUGCCCAUGGGCCCGCUCGUUUUGGCUGAUUUCAUUGGCCUGGACACUUGCCUUGCCAUCAUGAACGUUCUCCACCAGGAGACUGGUGACAGCAAGUAUCGCCCUGCCGGUCUCUUGCGUCGCAUGGUCGAUGCUGGCUGGCUCGGCAAGAAGAGUGGCAAGGGUUUCUAUGAGUACUGA